AUGACAAAAACGCUAUCCGAGUCCGAGCGUUUUCAGUUGGAUCUCGGGCGAAAAUUCCUAAAUUCCUUACAGCGUGCUGUUUUAUUUCCCAGAUCCGGCUUUAAUCAGAGUUGUAUUAGUAACAAUAGUUUAAAUUUUGGGGCUGACAAUACUGGUUAUAAAUUGGGAUUAAAUACGAAUUGUGAUAAAAAGUCAACGAGUGCUCCUAUAUUGGUUCAAAAUAGUCAAGUAUCUGUGGAUUGUAUGAGUGAUCUAAUGGAAAUUGAUUUUUCGAAAAGUUCUAUCCAUAAAACAAAUGGAAAAGCUGUACCUGGCAGUGGAAAGUGUUCUGAUGUAUCGUUAAACGAAGUAAAGGGUUAUCAUUCAUCAAAACAUGUUAGUGAAAUGGUACAAACAUUUUUGCUUAAAAAAAUAAAUCAUGAAGAAAGUGGAUACUUGGAAAUGAAGCCUUUGAAUCAAGAAAUAUGUUCCAUGCAUAAGACUUCGCUGUCACAUUCAAACGAAAGCUUUUCCGACACAACAAAAGAAAGUGACAUUACAUCUACAUCAUGCGUAAAAAGAAAGGAAGUACAAAUAUAUUCCCACGGAAACUAUCUAUUUGAGGAAAAACUCACAAACAGUAAACAAAAUCAGUUGUGUAUGCCUACUAAAGAACUUGAUUUUGUAUUACAUGAAGAAAAUCGAAAACACCAUUUGGAAGAAGUAAAACUUAAUAUUCAACCAACUUCAAAAACAAUUAAUGAAACCGAAACUAAAAAAAGUAUUUCUAUGAUUGAUACUGAGAAAAUUAUUAAAACUACAAAAAACAUAUUCCAUGAGGAAUAUAGUACGAAAUGUUCUUUGCUAGACAACAUACAUGGUAAAAAUUACAGCUCUUAAGAAGCAGAAUCCUCUUCUUACAGAGAGCGAAAUUUGCCAUUAGCAGGAAUAAAUGGGAAAUAUUCUGUUUCAUCAAACGUGCCUUCCUUUCCAUUAGCACCAUUGACCAACGCCAACAAACUUUCAUCAGUCGCUCGAUUCAACGAUUCUCCCACAUUUUUGACCAUCAUAGAUAAUAGAAAAAGCGAUAAUGGGCUUCCAAACUGUAUAAACGAAAAUAAAACGAUCGCUCCGUAUAUUUACCCACGCUAAAUCUUCAACUGCUUGCUCAGUUAUGAAUUAUAUUACGCAAAGCUAGAUUUGCCGCAAUCCACAACGAAAAUUAUAUUUUUUAUAUUUUGCAAUUUCGGCAAAACUAUACAGAGAAAAAGUAAGAGUUUAGCCGAGAUCGCGUUAGGUGCUCCUCAACAAAGUGUCGUCGAAAGAGCAUUUUCAACUAUACAAUUUAUUUUAUCAGAUUUAAGAGCAAGUAUAGACGAAGACUUAUUAGAAGACAUUCUUUUAAUAAACUUUAUACUGAGUAAUCAAGAAAUCGUACGAUUAGUUAUUCUUGCGAUUUAUAAAAUUCUUAUAAAAAUGUAA